AACGCUGCUGAUGUGACACUGACAGAAGUUUAGCAUCAUGCUGAUGUCGCCCGACUCGUAACGUUAGUGUCGUUACUUAUAGAUUUUUUUUAUCACCAUCGCCACAAUAAUAAACUGGAUAUGGAUCUUUCUCAUCUUGUAAAGAAAAUAGGUCACUCCCUUAAGGAGAUAAGGGUCCGAGCCAUGAAGAGCAUCCUCUCCAAGCUGGAACACUCCCUGCUGUCGCUGUCCGACCUGGUCCAGGAGAGGAUGCUGUUCGUGGUGCUCCUGGAAUGGUUCAACUUCCCUGAGGUCCCGAUGCAGGACGAGGUCCUUGAACUGCUCUCUACGUUAUCCAAGCAUCCGAGCGCAGCCCAGAUGCUGAGAGACGUUGGGGCGGUGGAGUUCCUUACCCAGCUGUCUCCUAACGUGGACCCCCGGCUGCGAGCUGUCAUCGAUGGCACCUUGGACCAGCUGUUCCAUCUACCGGAUCUACUCCCAAGUUAUACCACCGUACCCCCCCACUCCAGCGGACACGGCGCAGACACGCCCCCAGCGCUACCUAAAGACGAUUCGGCCAAAAUCGGUUAUUUCCAGAAGAGUAGGCCAGGCCACACAGACGCCCCACCUCAGAGGAUAGCAGUGUGUGAGUCUGUGAAAUGCCUGAAGUUUUCUAUGUUCCCGUGGUUGCCCUUGACUACCACGGACAGACACAUACUUUCAUCCAAUGAAAGUUCUCUGAGGAGCAGCGAUCCCACCUUGGUACGGACCACUUGUCAACUCUUGCGCGAUGUCAUCAUGCAGGACUUCCCUGCUGAGAUCUUCCUGCAAAGACCCAGUAUCGUGCAGAACCUUCUGUCCCUCCUAAGGCUGAGUUCGGCUGAAGGUGAGGCCAGCCACCUGGGGGUGCAGGCCCUGGGCUGCCUGCAGCAGCUCUGCGUGGGCCUGAGGACCCGACUGCGCUUUCAUCAGGACCCCGGCUUCUCCUCGGCCAAGCUAGCAGACACCGUCUCCCAGAACUCGUCCCUGUCCCAGUCCCUGGACGUGCGGGGGACCCAGCCGUCGCGGGCGUCGUCCCCGGCCUCGGAGUGCUCUCUCCGGCCUUCGGUGCUGGGCCGGACCGGCCAGAGAGCCAGAGGGGACGGCCAGGACGGAGACGUGGCCUCCAAUAGUGGUAGCUCCCACCGCGGGGCGACGGCCGCGGCGGCGGGGGUCCAGGGGUCCGGGCAGGCGGCCCCCUCCCCCGGGGGCGCGGUGCCCCCCCUGGAUCUCCCGGUCCUGGGGGGGGAAGACGUCCUGGAGCUGCAGCUCCAGCAGCUCAGCCUGGCCCAGUUCGCCGUGGCAACCCUGGAGCGGGCCGUACCACUGCUGGAGACCGAGUCGGCCCAUGUGCUCCGGCGUGCCCUGGAGCUGCUGUCUGGCGCGGCCCUCCUGCUCGCCGACAGCGUGUGUGAGCUGGUCUGGGAGGACGGCAGCCUGGUGGGGGCCGAGCUGCGAGAGAAGCUGCAGAGCUGCCUGGAGCUCCUGGGGGACGCGGUGAGCUACCAUCAUCAGGGCUGUCAGGGCGGAGGCCCCCCCGGCACGCUGGUCCACCACACGAUGGCCUACACCGCCAGCGCCAUCCUCACCGUCAGACUGCUGCAGGCCAUCCUGCCCCCCGAGAAGGCCGGCGAGCACCUCCCGGAGCGCGCGGCGGCGGCCGUCCUCACGCUGGCCCUGGACCCCGCCCUCGGCGGCGCCUUCCCGGGCGUGCAGGAGGCAGCGGUAGCCUACCUGGAGCAGGUGGACCCGGACGGCCACGCCCUCCAGCGGCGGGUGGCCCGCGCGGCGCUCUGGAUGGAGUCCACCUGCGGCUUCCUGAAGGAGUCCCAGGCCCAGGGCGAUAAGAACUGGCUGGAGUUAUUGGAGCUGGCGGAGCACGCCAUCGACGGCCUGCCCUACCACCAGCACCUGUCUGUCAUCAAGGAGUGUGUCCAGGCCUGCGCCUACCUGUGGGGCGUGGACCAGCCCAGCCCGGUGCUGCGGUCAGAGAGCCAGAGGCUGCUGCUGAAGCUGCUGUCUCAUCCCUUACCUGCCGUCAAGACGGAGGCCUACACCUGCGUGCUUCACCUGGUCAAGGAGUGCCUCGGGAUCCAGAACGCGUCGCGGCCGCAGUGCAACGGGGUCCACUUCCUGCUCCACCACAAAGUCCUGUACGAGAUCAGCGCCUUCGGCCUACAGGACUCUGCAGAGAAGGUGAACUCCGCCGCCACCGACGUGCUGCUCUUCCUCCUCAAAGGGCGGCGGAUGAUGACGGCGUCCACCUGGGACGGCUUCAACGCCGCCCUCCAUCCGGUCGUACCCAUCCUGCAGGGGUACGCCAGCACUGGGGACCCUCUGGGUCAGUGCGUCCUGCUGCUCAGCGGGGGGUCCGAUGCUGCAGGCGCCGCCCCCCUGCCCGACCCCGCCCGUCUCCGCGCCGCACUCCGCCUCCUCUUCACCAAGCAGCCCACGGUGCGAUCGGCGGCAGUGGAGCACAUCUUGCCUCAUCUCUCUGGCCCUGGGGCCUCGGAGGCAGCCAGGCCAGAGCUGGACCAGCUGACCCUCGCCUCGCUCCCUGGACUCUACUGCACCCAGAACCUGAUGGACGUCUCACUGGACACCUGCAGCAAGUCCUUCCUCAAGGUGGAGUCGGUGGAGAAGCUGUUUGGCAUCCUGACGUCGGACAGCGUGGACCUGUCUCUGAAGAGGUCGGCCACUGAGCAGCUGGCUGUGGUUCUACAAGACACAGCCAUGCACCCCGUGCUGAAGGCUCUUGGCAUCGCGGACACAGUCGUUUCUUUCAUUAUGGAGAGUGUAAACGGCAAUAAGAGCAUGGACGGCCUGCUGGAGCCCGGCCUCUGUGUGCUGAGGAAGCUGGUGUUCGCCGACCCCGCCCUCCGCCACAGCCUCUCCCAGCGCCCCCCACUGCUCCACGUCCUGCUCAGGGCCUCCUUAAUAGUGAAGGACAACGGAGGCAGCGGAUAUGAGGCAGCUGUUCUCAUGUGCUUGCUGCUUUUUGAUGAGAUCGCCACCGUUGACUUCUGGUCUGGGAAUUCGAAGUUGGACGGAACUUUGGCAACUUUCUCUCUGCCGCUAUCAGUCACCCGGAGGUUCAGAAUCCCCUUCCGGGCAGCGACCCACCACGCGGUCAGCCCCCACUGCUGCGUGGUGACCCCCGCGGCUGACCUCCUGACCUUCGGCCCGGCCCGCCACGCCCUCCAGCUGGCCUGGAACACGGCGUGGUACAGCGGGUUGGACGGCCUUCUGGACGAGCUCCGGGGGUUUCGCAGCGAUGUCAGCGAGUUCCACCCCUCGCUGGUGCUCUCCGAGGCCCAGGUCCUCAACGCGCGGACCUCCCACCUCCCCACCGGCCUCCUGGACUGCGUGCAGGACAUCGUCAUGGCGGCGGGACACGGUUCCGUGAGGUCCGCCCUCGGCAGGCUCCGCCUCUACCUGUUGAUUGACAUGCUGGCCUUCGCGCACGGCCAAUCGCACGGCUGCAGGAAGACUCUGGGCUCGCUCAGCUGGCAGACUGCCAUCGCCAGGUUCCUCCGGGUGCAUCCUGCUUGUGUCGAGGACGAGUGUUUACUGGUGGACAUCGUGGCGUUCCUGAACGUUUACUUCGAACACGACCCUCGGACUAAAGAUGCGAAUGAGACAGAAGACGCGGAUCUGCGAUGGAUACUGGAGCUCCUCCUCGAUAAAGACACCGUGUCCCUCUGCGGCUUCCUGCUGGUGGGGGAGGGCCCGGCCCCGGGCGUCCCGGGUCAGGGCCCCGGGGGGCCGGCUCAGGGCCAGGGGGGGGCGGAGGAGCUGCGGGGCCAGGUCACUCAGAGGCUGCAGAGAGAGGUCAGCUGCUUCCUCAGCAGCCUGCUCCACCGCCUCGCCAGCACCCCCGACAGGAUAUGCUUGGCGCUUGCAGGGCCUUUCAAGAGCCAGCUGGCUCUCUGCUUGCUCCAGAGCCUGCGGGUGUCUGAUGCGCCGCGGUUCUACGGUCUCCCCAGCCUGGAGAGGACUCUGCUGGGCAUGGUCUCCCUGACCGCCCUGCCCGGGUGGAGCUCCCAGUGCCCGGACCUGGAGCCAAUCUCCCUCUGCUCCAAGUACCUCGUGGGGCUGCUCGAGGUGAUCUCCUCGUUCUACGUGGAGUGGGGGGGGAACUCCAUGUCCUUCAUGGGUAAAGGAGUGACCAAGAACGCCGUCAUCUGCCUCCAGCACCUCUCCCACGAGAUGAUGGCCGAGAGCCGGGGCGAGGACUUCAUUACCCAGUGGUCCUUGGGGCAGGAGGCGGGGCCUGAGGAGACCAACGGCCCCCAGCUGGGACUGGCCUGGCUCAUCCCCCUCUGGGUGGACCGCGACCCAGAGGUGCGGUUUGCCAGCCUGGGGGUGGGCCGGGCCCUGUCCAGGCGUCCCGGGGGGUGCCAGGCCCUGUGCGGCAGCUGCCAGAACAUCAGCGGGGGGCUGUGGGGGACCCUGCUCAACAUCCUCCUGGACCAGCAGGAGAGCAGCCUGGUCCGCAGGGAGGCGGCGUUGAUUCUGCGGAACCUGCUGGCGAUGCCGAUGCCUGCCAACACGGAGGAGGCCAAAGACUCUCUCUGGAAGAACCCGUGUGUCCAUGACGAGGCGUCGGGGGUGUCCCUGGUGGGCCUCCCGGCCCUGCAGGCCCUGCUCUACCACUGUCAGUUCUUCCAGCACGCCGCCCUCUGCGCCGCCGCCUGCUACCGGGGGCGCCACGCCUUCCACCUGCAGCCCCCCGCCCCCGACGGCCCCCCGGGGCCCGGCCCGCCCGGGAGCACCGCGGGGGAUUCAGACGACUCUCUGAGCUUCUGGAGGAGCAGUCUACUGGCAGCUGUCAACCCCAGCAGAGCCUCCAGCUCCCUCUCUACCUCCAGCACCGUGGUUCGGGGCUCUGGGACACACUCCCCCGCCCCGCCCGGCCCCCUGGUGGCUGCAGCGGAUUCAGCCGCCAGCCGUCUGGUGGCCCAGGGCCAGAGCGACACGGACGCCAGCAGCUCGCUGCUCUCCCAGGACUCCCGGCCGCCGGGCGAGGUGUCGCCGGCCGCCGAGCCUGUCGCCAUGGUGACCCCGGACCUGGUGGCGGCCCACUGCGCCCUUCUGACCCGCCUGCUGGCCGCGCUGCCCGACUUCACGCUCGCCGCGCUCCGACGCCAACAGCUGCUGAAGGCGCUGGCGGGGCUGAUGGAUGCCAGGUCCAUUGAGAGGUGUCUCAGCGAGCUGAGGACAGCCGCCCCCCCGACAGGAGAGCAGAGGGCUGCCAGGAGCCAGGUUGUCACUCUGCUGCAGUACGUCUCCAGCUACUCCAAGCUCCUGCAGUCGUGUGUCUCGGCGAGCCGCGAGCUGAUUGGCCGGAUGGACUUCCUGCGGGGCCUGCUCACGUCCCUGGUGGCGGUGCUGCUGCUGGACACCAGAGACCUCGACCCGGUCUCCCAGGGCGCCGUGGCUCUGAGCUGGGCGGACGUCUUCUCUCUGCUGGCCGUGCUGGUGACCAGGGACCCAGCCGCGCUCCAGACCGUCUCGUCCGCGCUGGGAAGGCGCUGGGCGGCCUUCGAAGGAACGCUGGCAGUGUGUGUGAACAACAGCGCAGUGGACCCUGGCCUCCACACGGUGGCGCUGCAGUUUCUGUGUGUGCUGUUCUCCGAGGAGACGAAGCGGAGCGGCGUCAGGGACGACCCGGGGGUGACCUCUGACAUGUCGGCGGCCCUGGACGGCCCCGGGGCCAGUGACCUCUGUGACCUGCUGCUACAGAGCUACGAGAAGAGUUCGCCCCAGGACCCGAUGAGGAGACUGACAGCCAGGGCUCUGAUGUCACUUCUCGCCUACAGCCGGGCGUCUCAGAACCACGCUGCCAAGGCCGGUCUGAUUGACAGCUGUGUGGAGCAGAUGAAACAGAGCCAGGCCCAGCUCCACCUGCAGUCCAUCCGGCCGGGCAAGGCCUCGCAGCGCAGGAGGGAGGAGGGCUGUUUAAGGGAAGUGAGACUGGCUGUGGAGAUCCUCCGCAACGCUCUUUACCGCAACGAUGGAUGCAAAGAGGUGGCGGUCGACGCCCAUCUCCCCCGGGCGCUGCACGCGCUCUGGGCCUGGCUCCUAUUGGACGACGGCGUCAUGGAGGCGGCGCUGGAGCUGCUGUGCGUCUACACGGCCGGCUGCAGCGCGGCCUGCAGCUCUCUGUGCAGCGCCGGCUCCGGGGGGGCCCCAGCUGGCCGGGGGCCCCCCAGCGGCUCCCUCAUGCACUGCGUCAUGAAGCUGGCCUCGGGCGUCGCCGCGGACAACAGCCCCGUCCAGAAGCUCGCCUUCUCCCUAUUGGCCAAUCUGGCCAUGUCCCGGGACUGUCGGGGCGUCCUGCAGAAGAGUAACUUCCUGCAGUCCUUCCUGUCGGUGCCCGUCCCCAGGCAGGGCGGCGGGAAAGCUGCUGCCAUCGGGGGGGGUGGGGGAGGGCUGCUGGCCAUGUGGCUGCGGCUGCUGGUGUGCCUCUCCUUCGGGGAGGACGGCCAGCAGAGCGUUCUCAAGGUGCCCGGGGCCCUGGAGGUGCUGGCCGGCCUGGCCGCCCACCGGCCCCACGCCCUGCUCACCCUGCACAACCUCUGCUCCUGCCCCGGGAACCGGCCCCACCUGCUGUCCAACGACAAGGCCAUGAAGGUGCUGCUGUCCAGUCUGGACAGCAAGGAGACUGGGGUCCGGUCCAUGGGGGCUUCAGCUCUCUGGGCGCUGCUGCAUAACAGUCAGAAGGCCAAGACGAGCUUGAAGAGUCCUUCUGUCAUGCUGAAGCUGGAGAAGGCGCGCGCUGUGGCCAAGAAAGAUGCAGUGAAAGGGCCAGACUCCAUGAAUGCCUAUCUGUUGAAAUGUCUUGAAAACCUUUGCAGGCUGUUGAAGAGCUGAGACACAAUCAUCAACUUUCCCUCUCAGCACUUCAGUCAGUCCUAUAUUCCUUUAAAACAUGACUCUAUAGUAGACAUUGUUUUGUACAGUUGUAUUAGGGCUAUAGUGGAGCAGGUUGUUUUGUAUGUAUUCAUAAUCUCACUUCUUAAAGAGAUAAGAGGAAGAAGUGAGAUUUGCUGAAGCUAUGGAGCGACCCCUCCUGUUUGCUGGUUUGAAUAGAGAUGAGCAUCUUCACUUAACAUGUCUUCCUCCAUUGUACAAUAAAGACUUGAAUAUUUAUAUUUUCUUAUUA